AAACAGAUACAAAUCGAAUAUCGAACAGUCGCCACGCGCGUUUUGUAGAAGACUGACAUCUAUAUUCUUGUUUCAAAAUAUUUUUUAGUUUUUUUUUAUCAAACAUGUUGCGGCCAGUAUUUCACUUGUCAGUUGUAGCUUUAAAUGUAUUUUCACUGUGGUAUGACCAGAAUUAUUUGGAUUUCCCAUUCCCCGCAGAAGGAUAUUCAAGAAUGACUUUGAAAGGACGGCUCAUGUUCCUGACGAUGUGGUGUUUUAUUCUACAAACGCUGUAUUUCACCGUCUCCUUGCUGAACGACAUCCUCGGGACAAACGCAACAGCGCUUGCGCCUAAAAAGACUCCACUAAUUCGCUCCAUAAAAGACUUAAUGUUCAGUUUAGCAUUUCCAGUAGCACUAUACGUCUCCAUUGCAUUCUGGGGAAUUUACGCCAUAGACAAGAAUUUAGUGUUCCCAGAACACAUUGAAAAAAUCUUCCCCGUGUGGUUUAACCAUACUUUGCACACUUUAAUAGCAAUUUUCAUGUUUAUAGAACUAUUUGUAACGAACAAGACCUAUCCUUCUAGAAAAUUCGGCAUUUUUCUCACUGUAACGUAUACCUUGAGUUACGUUGUUUGGCUGCAUAUUUUACGUGAACGGACUGGAAUGUGGGUUUACCCUAUUUUUGAGGUGCUAAAUCUUCCCCAAAGGGUGGUUUAUUUCGCAAGCAGUACGGCUGUCGCUGCGGGCUUUUACAUUUUUGGGGAAAAAAUUAAUUCCGCUGUGGCUAAAAAAAGCAACAAUCCUUACGCUAAUGGUCGCGUGAAAAAGAACAAAUAAUUAAAUAUAUUAUUGAUAUUAAAUGAUUUUAUUUAUUGA